CUUUUAGUAUCGAGUCGCAUGUUUUCAACAGCUCAGUCUCGUUUGGAAAAUGACUGGGCGUCCAUCACGCAUUACGUACCUCUUGGCCAUCAUCUGGGCCUCGUCCGUCUUCCUUCAGUCAAGCCUUUCUGCUAGCGUGAGAACGAAGCGCAGCAUCGGUUCGUUCGGGGACAUGAUUCGGUUUACCACGCGGAUGGAGGCCCUGCUUUUCAAUAAUUACGGAAAUCACUGCGGCAGUGGCGACACUGGCACUCAGCCCAUCAUUGACGCAAUAGACCGAUGUUGUCGGAAACACGACGAGUGUUACGAAAGUCUAGCCAGCGGCCCUUGUUCCUCAUCCUUCUUCGGUCCGUAUUUCACUUUCUAUACCUGGACCAUCUCCAACGCCGGAUCUAAUGGCAGCAGGAGCAGGAGCAGCAGCCAGCAGCCGGAAGCUUCUGCUAUCGAAUGCGGUGACACGGAUGUCUGCAAACUGGCUACUUGCAACUGCGACCGGACGGCCGCCCAGUGUAUGGGCCGCCAUUCAGCCUCUUACAACACCGCCAACAAACGCAGCAGCAUCUGGGACUGGCUUAUUUAAUCGUUGCACCAGCAACGACCCAAAAAACUUUACGAACUGAACUUUAUGGCUAUUACAAGACUCUCCUUACAAUCUACAUAAAACGUGACGUUGUGAACGCGGCCAAACAACGACAUUUCGAUCAUUUCUUCCUCUACUUCUUCUUCUUAUUAUUAUUAUUGAAAAAUUCUUCUUCGCGGGUGAUAAAAUAAAUCAUGCUGAGCAACGUCAUUCGCCGAACUAUGACGCAAUAAAACUGUCUUGUUAUCGAUGAUACAUCACUUAUUACUUG